AUCGUUCAAUCGGACAGACCCUCACGUCGUUUCGGGUCAAACCGUGGAACAGAACUUGCCUAAUCGUCUUGGUCAAGAGCAUGAACAUUCAUUCGACGCAGAGACAAAAUUUAGAAUUUUUUGAGCUAAAGCCUAAAAUUGCGCAUAAACUUCUUGUGAUAGACUACUAGUAGUAUUCUACAAUUUAAACACAACUCCCUCCCUCAUUCUUGUUUGGUGUUUGCAACUCCAUAACAGCUCUCUCUCCUCCUGCACUUUCUCUCUCUAAACUAAUUGACGAGGAUGAAGAGCAGGAGCAGCAGUGGCGGCAAAGUAUCUGCAAAAUGGAUACCCAUUUUCUCCAUCUCGUUCUUCGUUCUCGGAACCCUUUUCACAAACAGAUUGUGGGUUUCACUUGAAUCUGACAAUGAUCAGCUCAUAUCGCGACCUCGACAUGACGAGGAGUUGCAGAUCGUCUCGGAGGACUGCUUGACGAAGAAGAAGAAGCCUGGACAAGAUAAGGAUGUAAUGGAAGAGAUUUACAAAACCCAUGAAGCAAUUCAUAUGCCUGUCAGAUCACUUGACAAAUCGGUUUCGACACUUCAGAUGGAGUUGGCUGCAACUCGAAAUUCUCAGAAGAAGGGGAGUUCUGUUAGCUCUGGUGAAAUCUCUACCUCAUCUCAUGAGGGCCCUCCAAGGAAGAAGGCAUUCAUAGUCAUUGGAAUAAACACUGCUUUUAGUAGUAGGAAGAGGCGUGAUUCGGUUAGACAAACUUGGAUGCCUCAAGGUGAAAAGCUUCUCCAGCUAGAGGAAGAGAAGGGGAUUAUUGUCCGGUUCAUGAUCGGCCAUAGCGCAACAUCUAACAGUAUAUUAGAUCGAGCUAUUGACUCCGAAGAUGCUCAGCAUAAGGACUUCCUCCGGCUGGAACAUGUUGAAGGCUAUCAUGAAUUGUCUGCAAAAACAAAAACUUUCUUUUCCACUGCUGUUACAAAAUGGGAUGCUGAUUUCUAUGUCAAGGUGGAUGAUGAUGUGCAUGUCAAUUUGGGUACGUUAGCUGCAACUCUUGCCCGUCACAGAUCAAAGCCCAGGGUGUACAUUGGGUGUAUGAAAUCUGGACCUGUUCUUUCUCAAAAAAAUGUUAAGUACCAUGAACCAGAAUACUGGAAAUUUGGAGAGGAAGGGAACAAGUACUUCAGGCAUGCAACUGGGCAGAUCUAUGCUAUAUCAAAGGAUUUGGCCACAUAUGUUUCAAUAAAUCAGCAUAUUUUGCACAAGUAUGCAAAUGAAGAUGUGACGCUUGGUUCAUGGUUUAUUGGCCUUGAAGUUGAACACAUUGAUGACCGCAAUAUGUGCUGUGGGACUCCACCAGAUUGUGAGUGGAAGGCACAGGCAGGUAAUGUGUGCGUCGCUUCAUUUGAUUGGAGCUGCAGUGGUAUUUGCAAAUCAGUGGAGAAGAUGAAGUAUGUUCACGAAAGGUGUGGUGAAGGGGAUGGAACUGGGGCUGCUCUAUUUUAAAUGGUGGGAGGGUGAAUGCUCGGCAUAAGCGAAUUGAAACCAUUCAUGUGCAGCCACACCAAGCAAUUGGAGGGAGAUUUUGUUUCCGUAUCAAGCAAUUUAUACAAAAAUUACACAUAUGAACAACAUAUUGCCUCCGGUAAACCACCGAGUUUGGAAGCAAGAUUUGUUGCAUCAGUUAUAUAUGAUUAUUGUAUUUAUGUUGUAGUUGUCACUCAAAUUUGAAGCGUGUGAUUUAGAAAAGUAAAAACUGUGGUUUUAGUGAGUGUGUUUAUUUUUUAUUUUUUAAGAGGGGAGUGGGGGAGGGAUUGAAUGGAGGAUGUUUUGGGUGUUCAUACACAAAGGGAUUCAUUCAAAUUGUAGUUGAAGUUUUACAUAUUGGUAAUUUGGACUCAAAAUAUUUACAGAAGGCUUGUUUGGCUGCCCUGUCUAAGUCAGUUUUUGGAAUUUGAUGUUUCAGUUCUAAAGUU